UCCUGCUACCCGUCCGUCUACAAAUCGAGCCCGGGAACCGAGGGAGGAGCACGGGCCGGUCGGUGGCGGCCGUCCUCGGGACUGGCAAGAUGUGCUCCUUGAAUUUAUUCCCUCCGCCGCCGCCUCGGGGUCAGAUCACCCUCUACGAGUACAACAACGAGCUGGUGACAGGCAGUAGCUAUGAGAGUCUACCUCCCGACUUCCGGGGCCAAUCGAUCCAUCUUCCUUCCAUCUUCCUCCACCUGACCAAGGACCCCCUCAAGACAGCGGGGAGGCUGGACCACGGCACCAGAGCUGCCUUCAUCCAUCACCGCGAGCAAGUGUGGAAAAGAUGCAUCAACGCUUGGCGCGAUGUGGGCCUUUUUGGGGUGCUGAAUGAAAUUGCAAACGCAGAGGAAGAGGUGUUCCAGUGGGUGAAGACGGCGUCCAGCUGGGCCCUGGCACUGUGCCGAUGGGCAUCCUCCCUCCACGGCUCCCUGUUCCCCCACCUGUCCCUCAGGAGUGAAGAUCUGAUUGCCGAGUUUGCCCAGGUCACCAAUUGGUCCAACUGCUGCUUGCGGGUCUUUGCAUGGCACCCCCACACCAACAAGUUUGCGGUGGCCCUGCUGGAUGACUCGAUUCGGGUGUACAAUGCCAACAGCACCAUCGUCCCCUCCCUCAAGCACCGGCUGCAGCGGAAUGUGGCAGCCCUGGCCUGGAAGCCCCUCAGUGCCUCGGUGCUGGCUGUCGCCUGCCAGAGCUGUAUCCUCAUCUGGACCCUGGACCCUACCUCCUUGUCCACACGGCCCUCUUCUGGCUGCGCUCAAGUGCUGUCUCACCCUGGGCACGCACCCGUCACUAGCCUGGCCUGGGCCCCCAGCGGGGGGCGCCUGCUGUCCGCUUCCCCCGUAGGUGCUGCCAUCCUGGUGUGGGAUGUCUCCACAGAGACCUGUGUCCCCCUUCACUGGUUCCGUGGAGGUGGGGUUACCAACCUGCUCUGGUCCCCUGAUGGCAGCAAAGUCCUGGCCACCACGCCUUCAGCUGUCUUCCGAGUGUGGGAGGCCCAGAUGUGGACUUGUGAGAGGUGGCCCACCCUCUCAGGGCGCUGUCAGACUGGCUGCUGGAGCCCAGAUGGAAGCCGGCUGCUAUUCACCGUUCUAGGGGAACCGCUCAUUUACUCCUUGUCAUUCCCAGAACGCUGCGGUGAGGGAAAGGGCUGCGUGGGAGGGGCCAAGUCAGCCACCAUCGUGGCAGAUCUGUCUGAGACAACCAUCCAGACCCCUGAUGGUGAAGAGAGGCUUGGGGGUGAAGCCCACUCCAUGGUCUGGGACCCCAGCGGGGAACGGCUGGCUGUGCUCAUGAAGGGAAACCCCCGGGUGCGGGAUGGCACACCUGUCAUUCUCCUGUUUCGCACACGUAACAGCCCCGUGUUUGAGCUGCUUCCGUGCGGCAUCAUCCAGGGGGAGCCAGGAGCCCAGGCCCAGCUCAUCACUUUCCACCCUUCCUUCAGUAAAGGGGCCCUGCUCAGUGUGUGUUGGUCCACAGGUUGCAUCGCCCACAUCCCUCUGUACUUUGUCAACGCUCAGUUCCCACGGUUUAGCCCUGUGCUGGGACGGGCCCAGGAGUUCCCGGUUGGUGGCGGCUCCACUCUGCACGACCUGCCCCUCUUCACAGAGAUGUCCCCCAUCUCUGCCCCUUGGGACCCUCCCUCCGGGCCACCACCUGCUCGGACACAAUCCCCUCAUCCGCACCUCCAAUAAAACCCUGUUUUACUUCA